GGGGCUAGCUUCCUAGUUGGUAGCCGAGAAGCCCAGGUGAUUGGCCGUCAACACCUGCAAAACCUGCUCCCCUAUUGGUUGGGGCUGCCGCCUUCCUCCUUUCUCGGUAAAGAGCGCACUUCAGCUGGGUAGCGGAUCCCGCAGGCCCGGAGCUUCGGUGACCCGCUCGGCGCCAUGGCGUCCCAGAGUCGUCGGCGGAGGCCGCUGCGGAGGCCUGAGACGAUGGUGCCGGGGGAGGCGGCCGAGACCGACUCGGAGCUCUCUGCGUCCUCGGAAGAGGAGGAGCUGUACCUGGGCCCCUCGGGCCCGACGCGUGGCCGCCCCACGGGGCUGCGGGUGGCUGGCGAGGCCGCGGAGACCGACUCCGACCCGGAGCCGGAGCCGAAGGCCGCGCCGAGGGACCUGCCUCCGCUCGUGGUGCAGCGGGAGACGGCCGGGGAGACCUGGGGUGAGGAGGAGACGCCGGCACCCGCCCCUGCGCGUUCGCUGCUGCAACUCCGGCUGGCCGAGAGCCAGGCGCGGCUGGACCACGACGUAGCGGCCGCGGUGAGCGGCGUGUACCGUCGCGCAGGCCGUGAUGUGGCCGCCUUGGCCAGUAGGCUGGCGGCUGCCCAGGCCGCGGGAUUGGCGGCGGCCCACAGCGUGCGCCUGGCGCGGGGGGACCUCUGCGCGCUGGCGGAGCGCCUGGACAUCGUAGCCGGCUGCCGCUUGCUGCCCGACAUCCGCGGCGUGCCGGGAACCGAGCCUGAACAAGACCCGGGACCGCGAGCUUAGCCAUGACCCACUCACCUGCCUGACUGCGCCCUGGCGGCCUUUGGGAUGUCACUCUGUGUCCUGUGUAGCCACCCGCCCAACUUGCUGUCACCCUCAGGGCUGACCCUGCCCCCUGGAAAAUGCUCUCCCGUGUUUGUGUAGAGGGGUGGGGUGGGGGGAGGUGUGCAGCCGCGCCGGGCCCUAGCCCCGACCCUGGCCCCUACUCCGGGGUUCGCAGUCUGUUUGAAGCUUGGCUCUAACUCUUGGGUAAAUAGCCGCUCCCUGAUCUGUCUUCAUCUUGGGGACUCACAGAGCCUCACUUUUUUUUUUUUUUUUGUCUUUUUGCUAUUUCUUGGGCUAUGCUCCCGCG